AUGUAUGUAUGGUUACAAGGGUGCUAUAUUGAUGAUGAUGAUGAUGAUGAUGAUGAUGGUGAUGAUGAUGACGAUGAUGAUGCUACAUAUAAUUGCAUGAAUGCAUAUUAUUGUAAGGAUAAUAUUGAUAAUAAAAUGAUACGUUUGAUUGUAAACAUGAUAUUGAUAAUGAUAAUGAUAGUUCAUAAUGAUAUUAAAAAUGGUAAUGAUUUUGCAUAUAGUUAUAAUAAUGAUAACAGUAGUAAUGAUAAUUGUAUAUAUAGUUGUAAUGAUGAUAAUGAUGGUAUUGAUAAUGAUGAUGAUUUGAUAGUAAUGAUAAUGGUGAUUCAUGAUAAUGCACAUGAUUGUAAGAAUGGUAUUAAUAAUGGUAAUAAUUUCGCAUAUGAUUGUAACGAUGAUAAACGAUAG